AUGCUCUUUCGCUCUGGCUUUCGCCAUGGAGCAGCGGUACAGGCUGCUGGGCUGUUGCUUGCUUUGCUGGUACUGCUCCCGCUGCUGCCUGUUGCAGUACUUCUUCUGACAAGGGAGCAACGGCAGCUAAAUGAGCAGCAGCAGCAGCAGCAGCAGCAGCACGAAGUAGAUCUGGCAGCUGCAGGCGUCCGGCCACUGGAGGUACCCUUGGCUAUACACUCCGUGCAAAGGCAGCAGCAGCAGGCGGGAGAAGCCUCAGCAGCAGCAGCAGCAGCAGCAGCAGCACUCCUGAAAGGAGAAGCAACGUUUGAAUCAGAGAAGCCUCAGCAGCAGCAGCAGCAGCAGCAGCAGCAGCAGCCGCAGCCGCAGCGGCAACGGCAGCAGCGAGAGGAGACACCGAAUGGAUGGAUUCCCCAGGGCCUUUUAGGGGAGCGUCCAGAUGAUUCCUUACCUCAUGGAGUUACUGUGUCUGUUGCUGCGCCUGCUGCGCCUGCUGCUCCUACAGCACAACCGGCUGCUGCUGCACCUGCUGCUGCUGCUCUGUCGUCGAUACUACCGGCUGAGUAUCACACAGGAGUCAUGCCGCUCACUUUAGCUCCCAGCCCUCCAUCUACUGCUGCUGCUGUUGCUGCUACUGCUGCUACACCGGGGAUCGCAAGAGAUACUGCAGCAGCAGCAGCUGCUCCCCCCGCUGUUGAAGCUGCGUCUAUAACGACACCCCCGCCAACCUUUAUGCAACAACAACUGCAGCAACAGCAGCUGCUGCUGCAGCAACAACAGCAACUACUGCAGCGACAACAACACUGGACAGGAUCUACCACUACCCCUCUACAUACGGGGGCUGCAGCAACACCCCCACUCCCUUCUACUCAGCAGAUGUAUCUCCACCGUGCUGCGGCUACACCGCUUGUGUUGUCGCCAUUUGGCGGCUCAACAACCUCUCCCACGAGGCAGCAGCAGCAGCUGUACGCGCAGCACCAGCAGCCGCUGCCAUACCUUUUGCUUCCUUCUGGUACAGCCACAGUUGCUGCUGCGGCGCCUGCAGCUUCAUCUCUUGUUGGCCUAGAGCCCAAGCAGCAAGGCAGCAACGGCCAACUCCACAUAGGUGUGCAGCAGCAGAAUGAGCUGCAGCAGCAGAUGCGGCAGCAGGUGCAACAGAUUCAAUUCGAGCAACGCCACAGAGCAAGCAAUGAUGUUGCUGCUGCUGCUGAGAUAUCUACACAACAGGAACUGGAUUCACCAGCAGCAGCAACAGCAACAAAGAAAAAAACAACAGCAGGAACAGUGCCAGCAACUGCAACCGAGAAUGAGCCGUCACUUCUGUCUGGGUUUAUAGAAGAGGAAACCAGCCAAACAGCUGAAGAGAAAGCUGAUGUAUUGACAGCAGAUACAGGUGAAAUUCCCCUUGAAGAUGAGCAAGAUAAUGAUAGCUCUGCUGUUGCACCGAGCUGGGAGCCACGCACAGCAGCAGCAGCAGCAGCAGCAGCAGAAGCCGCAUCAGACAGCACAACAAUAGAGACAACAGAAACACCAUCCGCCUCCCCCCCCACUAAGAAAGAUAUCCGGUGGGGUGCUGCAACGAUGGGUGAGGCUGUAGAGCUCCCUGAGGCAGAGUUGAAACAGCAGCAGACAGCAGAGCCAGAGGUCUCGAAGGAAGCAGGUGAUGGAGCUAUCGUCAGCAGCACACAACUGGGGGAUGAAGAGGAGGACGACGAGGGGAAACCAGUGAUAGAUAGAAACCAAGAGGAGUCAGAUGAGGCAGAGGAGCUAGAGGACUUUGAAGCUGAGAUACAUGAACUGCAAGCAGCAGCCCAUCAUAAAGAAACAGCAGAAGAAUCACUUAUAGAAACAAAAGACGAAAUGAUAGACGCAAUGGAGGCCAUCAUAAAGAAACAGCAGAAGAAUCACUUAUAG